CUCAUUUACAUAGCACAGGUUUGUUGUUUGUUGGCUGUGAUUUUUAUUUGUAGACGCUGACAGUUCAAUGAUCCCUUAAGUCUCUUGAUCCGCGUCUUUUUACAACAAUAGUAGAAGCCCGAAAUUACUAGAAUCAAAACUGACAAAGGUGUGUUAUUGUUGACUUCACUGCUUGGCCUUUGGAAAUUUGAUUCACUAACAAUCACCUUUUGGACAAUCACUGCUUUGACUGUCUAUUCACACUCGCUUCACGCCUCACAAGUUUAUUUGUUGUUUGCUGUGGAGAGAGRUGAUUGACAUGUGAUAAUGUCUCAAUUAGUGCUGCCAAUCAGAGUGACUUCGUCGAUUUCAUAUUCACACCAAAACAGCUGUUAAACACGAUCAGAAUAUUCUCCCACAACAGCCCGAGUUURGUCUCAGGUUAUAAGGUUAAUGCCAGCCGUUUUCUUCUAGCAGAUGAUCUAAAAAUUGAUUAACAUGUAUAUCUGCGUCGGAAAAGGGCCUUGCAGUGGACGGUCGAAUCGUACGACCGAGUACAGCGAAAUCCAGCCGGUCUCUCCUUCUAAAGUCAAGCUAAAAACAGAAAUAGGUAUGGCGCAGUCGGCGCCCAAUUGCAAUGGCAUCGAACAUCCAACGAAAGAAAUCACAAUCAAACCUCGACCCAGAGAUAUCCUAAGGAUGAAUUCUUUAAAUCUUGAUUUGAACUCCAAUGCUCUGGCAAUUGAAAUCGAGGAAAAAUCCAAUACUCUUCCCAGACGAAACCAASCUAAGCAAUCCUCCGGCGAAGCUCCGCCGAAACCUCCGCGGAUGAUUCCACCCAAACCACCGAGGAUGAUGGAAAAAAAGAUUUUUGUGUGCGAGAAUCCAUCAUGUCGCAAAGAAGAGGAGUUAUUGGGAAUUGUAGAGUUGACUUUCAAGUCCUGUUCCUCGUGUUUYACWCAUUAUUGCUCACCGGAGUGUAAAGCGCARCACUGGCCAGAKCACCGAACGGUGUGUAGAUAUGGAACAAUCGAUUGCCAUAUGAAAUCCAUACUUCGUCUGAGUAAACACGAUGUCCACAUUCACCUUUAUUUAUCAGAGAUUGCUCGUGAGGGUUUUAUGUCCAAAGGACGAGGUGCUGUAAUGUUAAUACUUCUUUCCCCGAAAGAUGCCGAAUUAUUUAUAAAAACAGGUUUGGAUUACUUUAAGCGCCGGAGGAACGAGCCGACGUAUUCAUCAGUAAAAGAAAUUCAGUUAGAAGGUGCUUAUACUAAGUACCAGAAAGUUCUUCUUAAAACAGUCAGGGACUACUCAACGGUUCAUGAGUUUGUUGUAAACAUUGCGAUAGUCGUAGGGAAAGACAUUCAGACCAUGCCUGUACCAAGGAAUAAAGCACCGGCCAUUAUCGAACAUAUUAUUGUACCAUUACAUUCAGAUUUGAACGCCAAAACACUGAGCCCACAAGGGAGUCAGGAGUAUACAAACUGUGUAUCCUACAAGCAAGAAUUAGAAAACUUUUUAGAGGCGAGUACAAGGAGAAAGUCGCAUUGAAAAUGCGCAAAAAAYAACCUAAUUGAAAAAGUAAACAUUUAUAAAAAUUAGAAUUCAAGAGAGUGUUUUCGUUUCAUCGCAGAAUAAAUUAUUUUUUUAUAUUUGAUGGAUUAUUUAUAGCUAGAGCAUUAGCUUUUAACAUGUGGAUAUGUACUGUGAAUAUUUCUUUGGAAAAGAAGCGAAGUAAAGGCACUAAACGUUCAUGUUGCUAAUAUAGUUUUUGCGGUCAGCCUACAAAGGCCAAUGGCACGCAAGSGUUGRUAAAUGUUUUUAGUAAAAUAUCGUGCCUGCCGAGUUUUAGAAUAUUAAAUCCUGUCUGACUACAGCAUAAAAAAWUACUAAUCCAUCGUCAAACAAAGCAAGUCUUUAGCGCACGUAAAGAAGGGACAAAAGUAAAUGUACAAAUAAAGAUUCCAGAUCUAGUA